AUGAAUCUGCAGUACAUUAUACAACACAACUAUCAGCCGGUCCUACGCCUCGGCCAGCAUUGUCGAUCACACGAUGAGAACGUUUGCCGAGACUUUUGCGAUAUGUUUAUCGGCGCUAAACGUAAGGCAGAGGUCGAGUGCCGGCCGGUGGUGAACUUACCAGAAUCUAGUAUAUUUUACUCUAAUCUACGCCACUAUUCAUCCGGUCCUACGCCUCUGCCAUUGAUUGGCAAUAUAUUGCUGACGGUAUGGGUCGGUCCCAAACCCGUUGUGAUCGUCGGUGACCCGCAUGUCGUCAAACAGGCAUUUUCUCGGCCAGAAUUCAUGGGCCGAAUGGACAACAUGUUGUGUAUGUGCAGAACAUAA